AUGGAAAGCAGUGAGGUCAUCUCAACUGACAAAACUACAGUUGUCAUUGAUGUAAAUCCAUGGAUGACACAAGACACCAUUAUUUUUGUUGAUGGACAUGAGGCCGGAGGAAAAAAUCACAAUACAGUUCUUAAAGGAUUUUUCAAAGCACAAUCAAAGGCACUGGGGACUGUCCAGAUAAUGAUUGGAGCGAUGGUCUUCAUACUUGGUAUUGUACUUACCACCAAUGUUUACAAUUAUUCUGCAAUUCUUGACUGUAGUGGCAUAACAUACUGGGGAUCCCUUAUUUACAUCAGUGCUGGCUCUCUGUCUGUUGAUGCACAGAAUAAACGUCAUCCAUAUGUGGUGAAAGACUUUCUUGGAAUGAAUGUGUUCAGUGCCGUAACUGCAGGGAUAGCCAUUCUUCUGAUGGGCAUACAAUUAGCAUUAAUAUCAAUGGAUGAUCCAGGUUUAUAUGUUGAGAGAUACUGA